AUGAAAAAAUUAGUAUAUUUAAUUUUAAUGUUAGUUAUUAAUAUGGUAUUAUGGGUAUUAUGUGAAGAAAAGUUAAACUCCUUCAUGGAUUGCCAAAUAUGUAAUGAACUUGCUAAAUCUUACAAUGAAAUAAAUGAAUGGAAAUAUGUACCUUUAGUACAUAGAUUUAUUUUAUUUGAUCUGAAUGAUAAGAUAGCAGUAGAAAAUUUUUUAUAUACAAAUCUAUGCGAGGGAAUGCAAAUGUGGAGUAAAGAAUUAUGUGAUAGUUUUUGGGAAUCACUACAAUCCAUCAACUUAAAAUCAAAUUCCUCAAAGAUCCAAUUAACAGCAUCAAAUAACACCACCUCAACUGGUUCAAAUAAUAUAGCUCUUUUUGGUGUUGUUGCUUUGGGACUUGAAACAUCAAUCACUGAUAUAUAUGUUCAACUUUAA